CGCUACGGUGAAACAACUAACAAAAUGCCUUCUGCAAUCGGAAUUGACCUGGGCACCACGUACUCGUGCGUCGGUGUGUUCCAGCAUGGAAAGGUAGAAAUCAUCGCCAACGACCAGGGCAACCGUACGACCCCGAGCUAUGUUGCCUUCUCGGACACAGAGCGGCUCAUCGGCGACGCGGCCAAGAACCAGGUGGCCAUGAACCCCACAAACACAGUGUUCGACGCUAAGCGAUUGAUUGGACGCAAGUAUGACGACCCCAAGAUUCAGGCCGAUCUGAAGCACUGGCCGUUCACGGUGGUCAACGAUUGCGGCAAACCAAAGAUUCAGGUGGAGUUCAAAGGCGAACGUAAGACAUUCGCCCCGGAAGAGAUCAGCUCGAUGGUGCUUACCAAGAUGAAGGAAACGGCCGAAGCAUACCUGGGCCAGUCGGUGAAGAACGCGGUCAUCACUGUUCCAGCGUACUUUAACGACAGUCAACGCCAGGCCACGAAGGACGCCGGAGCCAUCGCAGGUCUGAAUGUGAUGCGAAUCAUCAACGAACCGACGGCCGCCGCCUUGGCGUACGGUUUGGACAAGAAUCUUAAGGGAGAGCGCAACGUGUUAAUCUUCGACCUGGGCGGAGGAACGUUCGACGUGUCCAUCCUGACCAUUGACGAGGGAUCGCUGUUCGAGGUGCGCGCCACUGCUGGAGAUACUCAUCUGGGCGGCGAAGACUUCGACAACCGGAUGGUGGCCCACUUCGUCGAAGAGUUCAAGCGGAAGCACAAGAAGGACCUAUCGAGGAACGCCAGGGCCCUUCGUCGCCUGAGAACGGCCUGCGAGCGAGCCAAGCGCACCCUGUCUUCCAGCACGGAGGCCACGAUUGAGAUUGACGCCCUGAUGGAUGGAAUCGACUAUUACACCAAGAUCAGCCGUGCGCGCUUCGAGGAACUGUGCUCGGAUCUGUUCCGUUCAACUUUGCAACCGGUGGAGAAAGCCCUUUCGGACGCCAAGAUGGACAAGAGCUCCAUCCACGAUAUCGUCCUGGUCGGUGGUUCGACCCGCAUCCCGAAGGUGCAAUCGUUGUUGCAGAACUUCUUCUGUGGCAAGUCGUUGAACCUGUCCAUCAAUCCCGACGAGGCGGUGGCUUAUGGUGCAGCGGUGCAGGCGGCCAUUCUGAGUGGGGACAAGGAUGAGAAGAUCCAGGAUGUGCUGUUGGUGGAUGUGGCUCCGCUGUCGCUGGGAAUCGAAACGGCCGGAGGCGUUAUGACGAAGUUGAUCGAACGCAACUCACGCAUUCCCUGCAAGCAGACGCAGACCUUCUCCACCUACGCGGACAAUCAGCCGGGAGUGUCGAUCCAGGUGUUCGAGGGCGAACGAGCGAUGACGAAGGACAACAACCUGCUGGGUCAGUUCGAUCUGUCCGGCAUUCCACCAGCGCCACGUGGAGUACCGCAGAUUGAAGUGACUUUUGACUUGGACGCCAACGGCAUCCUGAACGUGUCGGCGAAGGAAAAGAGCACCGGCAAGGAGAAAACGAUCACGAUCAAGAACGACAAGGGUCGACUGUCGCAGGCCGACAUCGAUCGCAUGCUGGCCGAGGCGGAGAAGUUCCGCGAGGAGGACGAAAAGCAACGAGAGCGUGUCGCUGCCCGCAACCAGCUUGAGGCGUACUGCUUCAAUCUGAAACAAUCGCUGGAAUCGGCCGGAUCGAAGCUAAGCGAAAGCGACCGCAAAACCGUGCAGGACCGGUGCGACGAGACGCUGCGUUGGAUCGACGGCAACACCAUGGCCGAGAAGGAGGAGUUCGAGCACAAGAUGCAGGAGUUGACGCGCGCCUGCAGUCCUAUCAUGACGAAGCUACACCAACAGUCGGGUGCUGGGCCGGCACCGAGCAGUUGUGGCCAACAGGCAGGAGGCUUCGGUGGACGCUCUGGACCCACGGUUGAGGAGGUGGAUUAAAAAGUACUGCAAUUACACUGACUGAUAGCUGUGUACAGAUCUGUAUUAUUUAGUGGUAGGAAGAAUCGUAUUUAAGUGUAUAAAGGCUUUCGUUAAUCCCAAAGUAGAUGUAAUUGUCAUGUUUCCUGAUGCAUGUGAUACUGUAGCAUUUUUCUUUGUUAAGAACAUGGUGAAUAAAA